AUGCAAGGAAAUAAUCGAUUAAAUGAAGGUUUGAUGAACAUGAUGGAUAGUGAAGAAAUUCAGUAUUGCUUCCCAAACAACAAUUUGUCAUGUAUCAGAGAAAUCAGACCUAAAGUGGAGUCCAUCGUUUUGUACAUGUUUAUAUUUUUAGCAUCGAUCUUAACUGUGUUUCUGAAUCUGCUGGUGAUCAUCUCGAUUUCUCACUUCAAGAAGCUUCACACUCCAACUAAUCUGCUGAUUCUCUCUCUGGCUGUGGCCGAUCUGAUCGUGGGACUGAUUGUUAUACCGCUGAUGGGUGUCAGAUACAUUGAGACAUGUUGGUACUUUGGAGAGACAGUUUGUUCAUUAUUUUCAUUUACUGUUUUUACGGUUGUUUCAGCAUCUCUUGGUAAUUUGGUUUUUAUUUCUGUGGAUCGUUACAUUGCUGUGACUGACCCUUUGAGAUACACAGUAAGGGUCACGCCUCAUAAAACGAUAUUUUGCAUUAUUGUCAAUUGGAUAUGUUCAGCCAUAUAUUCAGUCAUUAUCUUAUACGAUUCUUUGUUUUACCUGGAGAAAAAAGCUGGGUGUUUUGGAACAUGUGCAGUAUCUUUUAUGUUGAAACAUGUUGUCAUGGACCUCAUUAUCACUUUUAUUUUCCCUAGUUCUGUAAUCAUGUCUUUAUACGUGAAAAUCUUUUGUGUUGCAAAACACCAGGCCAAGGUUGUAAGUUGUAACACGGGCAUCAGCAGGUCAGAAAGAAAGGCAGCCAAAACUUUGGGGAUUGUGGUAGUGGUUUACUUUCUGUGUUGGAUCCCUUACUACAUGGUAAUACUUAUUGAAGGAAAUGAGUCAACACAAUCUAUUGAAUUUUAUUUAACAUGUUGGGUUGUUUACAUGAAUUCAUGCAUGAAUCCACUUAUUUAUGCUUUGUUUUAUAAAUGGUUUAGAGUAUCAGCCAAACACAUUUUGACUUUACAAAUAUUUAAACCAUCAUCAGAAUAUUUGAAUCUUUUUCCAGAGGGUUGA